UAACUUAAUACAUAAUACAGGUGUUGGUCUUGUUUGCUUCUUAAGAGGCCCUUAAACACGUGCCCCAUCACAAUUACUCUCCCAGCCAGGCAACGACUGUCUUCGCUCUCCACCUGUGUGGCCAGUAGUGGUUAGUCGCGUCAUAUCUUUCAGAGUGUUUGCAGAGAGUGUGGAUAGGUGAGAACUCAACAGGUGACAAUCUCUGAAAACAAACACAGGAGGUGGGGGGUUGGAGGGUGCGACGUAGUCACAUGGCAAGAGACACCAGAACACAGACACACCACAGAAGCCGUAAAAGAGAUUUUUGGUUCAGAGAAGUGGUGGAUGUUUGCCUUUUCCCCCCUUACUUUAUUCUCCACAAACUCUGUGUCAGGAAUAGGUUCAACUGCAGACAGAUGAGAGAGACAUUUGGUGAUUUUCUAACUUGUGCUCUUCUGACACGUCAAAAAAAAAAAAAACACGUUUUGAGGUGGAUUUUCCUGCCAGUGUGAUGCAGGAUCACAGGGUUCCAGAUUCUACCAAGGACAGUAGAAGGGGUGAGUGGCUCUGCAUAUACACUACUGGCUGAACAGAGGGACACUGAGAGUGAGAAGAGAGUCUGUACAUUGGGUCGGUGAAUGACAGCACCUGUGAAUACCAGGGGGGACCAUGAACAGCACUGGCUUGUGGCAAGACGCUAGAAGAGAACUUCAGCAUUUGGAAACAAUUGAUGUCCCGCACCUGUAUACACCUGGGAGUUCACUAACUCACCUGGGCACGCUGCAGAGAACAGAACUGCGCUCUGCUGAAUGGGACAGGGUGGACCAGAGUUUCUCCUCAGUGCCCAGGAUCACCCGCGACUCUGUGAGACAGUACCUGCAGUUUCACCCAGACCAGACCGUGCGCAUACUCCAUGCCCGGGUGGCACAGAAGUCAUAUGGCAAUGAGAAACGAUUCUUCUGCCCCCCGCCAUGUGUUUACCUCAGCGGAUCAGGCUGGAAACUCAAACAGGAGCAUCUGAAAGCUACCGGACUCGGGGAGGCCAGUUGUCGACUCUGCGGAUAUAUGAGCCUAGACAGCACGGAGGGCACCCAGGCAGACACCUUCAAGCUAAACUUUGAGGAGCAGUCUGAUAACAGGAUGUUUGCCUGUGCUAAGACCCUGUACAUAUCGGACACGGACAAGCGGAAACACUUCCGCCUGGUCCUGAAGCUCUUCUUCAGCAACGGGCUAGAGGUGGGCUCUUUCUACAGCAGGCUGAUCAAAGUCAUCUCCAAGCCGUCGCAGAAGAGACAGUCCAUGAAGAAUGCUGACUUGUGCAUUUCCUCAGGAUCUCGUGUUUCCCUGUUCAACCGGCUGCGCUCUCAGACAGUUAGCACACGGUACCUGGCUGUGGAGGACGGCGCGUUUGUGGCCAGUGCCAGACAGUGGACUGCCUUCACCAUCACUUUAGUGGGAGACGAGUCGUCAGAGCAUGGGGAGUAUUCGGUGUGUGAGGGCUACAUCUGCUAUGGCUGUGUGGUACAGCUAGUCUGCACGGACUCUGGAGUGUCUCUGCCUCCGAUGGUCAUUCGGAAGGUCAAUAAGCAGCAUGCCAUUCUGGACGUGGACGAGCCAGUCUCUCAGCUGCACAAGUGUGCGUUCCAGUUCAAGGACAACAACCAGAUGUACUUGUGUCUCUCCAACGAGAAAAUCAUCCAGUUCCAGGCUUCUCCAUGUCCGAAAGAGCGGAGUAGAGAGUUAUUAAACGACGGCUCCUGCUGGACUAUCAUCGGGACGGAGACGGUGGAGUACACCUUCAGUGAGAGUCUCACCUGUAGCCAGGGCUCCAUCAGCCCUGUACCUGUCAUCACGGCGCUGGAGUUGAAUGGGGGAGGCCAUGUAGCCAUGCUGGAGUUGAAUGGUGAAAAUUUUGGCCCUCACCUAAAGGUUUGGUUUGGAGAUGUGGAGGCAGAGACAAUGUUCAGAAGCCCUAAGUCCAUGUUGUGCGUGGUGCCCGACGUGUCCGUGUUCAGCGGGGAGUGGCGGUGGCUCCGGUGCCCCAUCACCGUGCCGCUGUCCCUGCUGCGACUGGACGGUCUCAUCUACCGUAGCCCCUUCUCCUUCACCUACACCCCCGAGCAUGGCGCCCCGGCACAGCUGCGCCGGCCCAGCGCCGAGCACACCGCCGACUCCGACACGCUCAUCGACACCAUCCACCAGGAGUUCACCCGCACCAACUUCCACCUGUUCAUGCAGAGCUAAUAUAGCGCCAUGCAGAGACAUCUGGCUAUGAGUGUGUCUGUGACGCUUUGAGUGUGUGUGAUGCUUUGAGUGUGUGUGAUGCUUUGAGUGUGUGAGACCCUUUGAGUGUGUGAGACACUUACAUGCCAGGGGUGAGUAACAGUUUCCACCGUAAGUUGUAUGAAUGUAAUAAUUAUUCAGUAGCCAUACAUCUAGACACAGUGAUUUGUAUAAUCUUAAAGACAACCACGGGUGCCUAAAUUAUGUGGAUCCAUGUGUCUAUUAUGUGUUUGAAGUCUUUGCAUGUGAUUGAUGGUCAUAUACACAUUAAUCUGUCAGUUAAGGAUUAUGCAUUCUUAUCAUCAUCAUGGCAUCAGUAUGGAUAAAAAUUACAUAAAAGAGUAAUAACCAAAUCAUUCCAUCACAUUCUGCAUUUUUUGUGUAUUCCGUACAAUCCAAAUGUUUGGCAUGUUUGGCAUGUUUGGCAUUCUUCACCUGCCCUUGUUAUCUGUGUGCCUAUUGAAAGUAUUGGAUGGCAGGGGCAAUUACACUCAGAGAGCCUCAGCCAAGGGGGCUGCUGUGCUGUUUUGCUCUUGGCUUCCAGCUGCCUCUGAUAGCUAUCGCUUGACCUGGGAAGACCAGCAGGCCAGUACCCCAGAACAAUGCAGCCUUGUAGUGCAGAUCACCCUGGCUGAGGCUGCCUGGCAUGUCCCCAAAGCAAUAUCUUCUGCACUUCAGAUACACAUACCAGUUAGCUGAAUUCCUGAACAAAUGGAUAUAAUUGGAUAGGACAUCAUAGGAUAGGAUACGAGCACAACUUACAGUAUCACUGCUGCCAUCAAUAAAUCAUCUGAGAGUAAAAAAGGUCUAUCUAUCUUGCGUGUCCAGACAUUUGAGUUGUAUGCGCCAAAUAAU